ACCGAAUUUGAAAGUCGCCAGCUUUUAUCCCGUUUGUUCAUAAAGGGCCAACAAUUACUUUCUACUCGAGAGCUCUCCGGAGAGAAAUCAAGGUUCAGACUUCAGAUGAACUUUAGAAGUUCAUUCAAUAUGAAGGCACUUGCGCAUGGAAGUUGUUGUCCCGCCAUAACUGCCAUCUCAAACUCAAGGUUCAGACCUUCGCGACCGUCCGCCAAUUCACUCCCAUGUCGCGUUUCCUUCGAAUCCUUUUCUCCCUCGAGCUCAAAGGCUUCAGCUUUCCGCUUCCCGAGGUUGAGAAUCUCGCAGAGUGAGGCAGUCGACCUACAAUGCCGCUCUAGGCUUCUGGUGUCUGCGGCGGCGGCGGAUGAAGAUUCAGAGACGAAUUCGGAAGUUGAACCAAACAAUUCUUCGGAUGGGGCUGCAACAGUGGACAUAAAAUUGCCGAGGAGGAGUUUGCUUGUGCAAUUCACUUGCAAUGAUUGUGGUGAAAGAACACAAAGGCUUAUCAAUCGUCUGGCCUAUGAGAAGGGACUCGUGUUUGUGCAGUGUGCAGGAUGUGAGCAGUAUCAUAAGUUAGCUGAUAAUCUUGGUCUCAUAGUUGAGUACGAUCUACGGGAGGAGAUUAAGACCGAUCCAAAUGCAGAGGAAGUUUGAUAACCAAAGAUAGAUUUUGUACGUGCCUCGUUCUUCUCAUGUUUAUAAUGUAACGCGAAUAUUUAAUCUGCAUACUGGCAGAUCCAAGAAUUAAACAAUACAAAAAUGUGGAUACUGAGCUUGGACAGUUUUGAGGCUGUGCUCUUGCAUUACAGUUCCUAUUAUCAUGAGA